AUGGCGAAGCGAUACCAGCCGCUCCUCCCUACCAGCUCAAGGUCCCAGUUGGACACAGAGCAGACCGGAACGAGCUCUCAGCAAUUGAAACGUCGUCGCAGCGGCGUGGCGUGUGAUGGCAUGCGUCCAACAUGUUCGGCGUGCCGGGGGGUCGCGAUCCGGUGCACAUACCGCGACGACUAUAAACUGACUCCAGAAUCGCAAAAGCUUCUUGUUGAAGUGAUGCGUCUUCUCAAUGCCCUCCCGGAAAGAGAGACGAUUCGUUUACUGCAUUCGCUAAGGAGUGAGAAUGACGCGGCAGUGAUUUUAUCCACGCUGAGAGAUGGGGUGCCCUCGAUUCGCCGACCAUCUGAGCUUCGUAAUGCUGUUGCGAUUAUGGAUGAUUCAUUUCAGUCUCUCGAGCUCGAAUCUCAAAACCCAAAUGCAUAUCCGUUUUUACCGCCCGUCAUGCCCCAGACCCUAUCGAAAGAGGCGUAUUCUCAGCUUACCACCUCGGACAGGCGGCAGACUGCCUCAGCGUCUCCGCCCUUGUUCUGGGAUGCUGAUCCCACGGAAUCACCAAUAUCACUUUGCGACUCUCGGUUAUUCCAAAUCAACAUCAGUCAUUGGACCAAUGUUCCAGUGUCAAAUGAAACGGCUGCCCGCGCCAUAUCCCUGUACUUGGAGACAGAUCACCCUCUGCUGGGAUACUUCGACCCCAACCUCUUUGUAUCGGACUUGCAAAUGUACAGCACGGUAGACCCAAGCAUCGACGUACAUGCAGCCACAUUCUGUACGGAGGCUGAAAGUAUAUGGAAGACCGAGAAAGAACACGACUCGAUUCUCAACCUGGCUGCAGCCCUAUUUUUAAGCUUGGGCUACCUAGGUCAGGGAAGAGAUCAUGCUGUGCUGUCAUAUAUAUCACAAGCUACCAAGAUGGCCAUGCGACUAGGUCUCUUUGGCGUCGAAGAUAAUGGCCAGGCAAAGGUCAAAGUUGAUAAAAUGACGGCAGAAGCAGCCAGCGCCUACUUACAUGCUGCUUGGGGCUCAUUCAACUGGAUCAGUCUUAUGUCGCUCUUCUAUCGUCAGCCAGGGUUAGAAGCGCCUAAAGGUCCCCCAUACUUGCCCAUACCCGGGUUUGAACACGACAACGGUGUCGACGGAGCGGCGGGUCCUGGUUCGCCUAGCUUACAGCCUCAGUUCCAGUAUAUGGGAGGCGUAUUUCCUUAUUUAUGCAAAUUCUGGAGCAUCAUGUACCAGGUGAGCUCAACCUAUGACGACACCCAAUCGCCUCUGAGCGGCCUUGGCACAUUGCACUUCGCGGAAUUCAAGUUCCGCGAAUUGCUUGCUUGGAGCAAUACCCUCCCCUCACAUCUCUUGAGAGUCAACCAAAAUCCGCAUUAUGUCCAGGUUUUACACAUAUGGUUCCAUACUGCCGUUCUUUGUCUUUUCAAACCAUGCAUCCAACAACUCGGAAUCGCCCGUCUUCGAACCCUUCCAAAGAGUAUCAGUUCCCCGGAACUCGUGUAUGCUGCCUCUAUUUCCCAGUUGAAGCAACUUGUUGUGAACUAUAGACUCCAUUUCGCAUCUUCUACGUAUACCAUUUUGUGGCAUACAGCCCUGAUAUAUCUCACCAACGAGAUUCUCAGCACACCAAAAGAUGACGACUGGUUGUUUUAUUUUUUGCUUUGUGUUUAUGGUUACGAACAACUGCGCCGGUCUUGGCGAGUUACGGCGUCCAUUUCAAGAGCACUUUUGUCGAUGGCGUUACGCAAAGGGGGCAUCACAAGUAGUACGGCUCGCCGAAUCAUGAAAGAUCUCCAGAGUGACAACUUUCGCAAGAAGUUCGGUGAAAUCAGAGCAACAUUCAUGGCAGAUUUGGACCUGGCCGCGACGGAUCCAAGUUCGGCAACCGUUGAGAAGCAGGCAGGAGACUUUGAGCACAAUGCUAUGCUGAGAGAUUACACGAAUAUCCUGGAUGAAGAUUAA